CACCAGAUCUGCGCAACUUGCAGUAGGCUCAAAAGCCUCAUCCGGAAUUCAAAAGAGACUUUGUUGCAAAUUGCCAUUGAAUCAUGGACCCUUUGCACUGUGAAUCCGCUUCUAUGACCCUGAUGGUCCUAACACACCACACCAGUUGAAAGAACAUGGAAAAACAUCUAGCUAAACAUUCUAGUUCCAAGGACAUGGCAGAGCAUUGCCAACUGAGCGACCGCCUGCUCAGUCACUACUUCAUCACAUUCAAAGACCGCCAGGUCUACUAUCUUGCACGCGAGAGGUCAAAGACUCAUGGUGACCUUCUGACCAUGAUUGUCGACUCAUACGACAAAGCAAAGGUGACACUUCCAAGGUGGCCUUUUGGGAGAACUCCCAAAAAGACUAUCUACGAGUCCGUCCGACGUGCUUUGCUUGUCAACUGGAAACGGGAAUGUCACAAACACCCGCUCUUGACGCUUCAUUCAUGCCAACAUACGCCACCCAAUACGCCCAUAAGGUACAUCAAUGACGCUUACAGGAUGCAUCGUUCAUGGCUUUGGCGUAUUCCUGUACCUGAUCGAUGAAGGAAUGGGGACCGGAGCAAAUUGGACAAUUGAAGUUGUAUCUUUGCAGCAACUCCCUCCCACUCGACACAACCACAA